AUGUCACGUAGGGCAAGCAGGCACUUUUCGGACCCGAAGUACGUUCGAAUGUUCGGUUACAUCGUCACGCUUGCUAUGCACACCCUAAAUGCCAUUUAUAUGGUAAACAUAUACAAAGACGAAGCGUUAAAGGAUCCCCAUGUGGGUUAUUUUUGGAAAUACCAGUUUCGAAUGCUAACUUUUUGGAAUACGAUCACACAAUGUUUUUACGCAAUAUUGGGACUAUCCUGUGACAUAUUAUCGUUAUCCAACGAAGGCAACGACACGUCCUUGCUGAAUACCCUGAGAGGAGGGAGAGAUUUACUGUUCUCUGCUAUUUUGUUUCCAAUUUCCUUGGGUGUAUGCAUUUUAUUCUGGUCUCUGUACGCCUACAGUCCAAAUAUAUUAAUGCCGCUUACAGUUCAAAAAUUAUUGCCGUGGAUAUCAAACCAUGUGAUACACACUUUUAUAGUACCCGUAGUAUUAUGGGAGGCAGUCUGCCUUCCAAGAAAGUUGCCUGCGUCACAUCUUUUGAAUUUGACCGUUUUAAACGUUCAUAACGUUACAUUUAUAGCUGUAUUGUUUCUAACACUAUUCGAAUCGGGCCAGUUUCCAUACCCACUACUAAAUAUGAUUUACGGGACACCAUGCUUCAUUAUGUUCUUGGUAUCCUGUUUUAUUUUACACAAUUUGAGCUAUAAGCUUCAAUGGUAUAUAACUGAUUUUGUCUACGGUAAUAGAGAAGAUGGAGAUGAGAUUAAGAAAGUGAGAUAG